AUGGAAAUGCCUGAAGGCCUGGGAAUCAACCGGGAUAUUCAUGCCGAGAAUGCGACCCUUGAUCUGGAGAACAGAGAGUGCCAGGCAGGCUGGCUGAGAGUGAGGGUGGAGGACAGUUGGUUCACUGUGGAGCGGGCUUUUCUCCUUAAGUACAGCGACUAUUUCUGUGCUCUUUUUCACUCUGGGAUGAAAGAAAGUCAGCAAGAUGAGCUCUACCUGAAAGGAGGAGUGCACGCAAGAGGUUUCCUCAUUGCCCUUGCAGUCUGCAGGGGAGAGAAUCCCACCAUCAGUGAACCAGAUGAGCUUGUCGAAGCGGUCGAGUGUGCUGCUUUUCUACAGGUUGAACAUUUGGUCCAGCAUCUUUGUGACAUUAUAGACUCAGACAACUGCCUUCUGCUUUACCAUACAGCCUCCAUAUUUGGGGUGCACGCACUGUUUCACAAUGCUGCACUCUUUCUUUGUGACGCCUUUGAUGAUCUCAAGGAUGAAGCAGAAAGUUCAAUCCCUGAGGAGCUGCUGCAAUACUCUCAAACUUUGUCCCCUUCUUCUUUUAUUGCUAUAGGGACCCACUCUCCUUCACUGGAGCUACUGCAAGACUCCUUCAGGGUCGUUUGCUACCUCGACGAAAAAGAGGGGCAGUGGAAGCAUCUGACAGACCUACCAACUGCUUGCAGCACCUCCAUGGCUGGCAUAGCAGUGGUUGACAAUUGCUUAUAUAUCGUUGGGGGGGUUUUUGGUUACAGUAAGGACACAGUGGACAGUAGCUUCUGCUACAACCCCGAUUCAGGACUUUGGAUUACUCUCCCAGGUCCCCAGCAACCCAGAUAUAAUUUUACCCUUCUUGGGCACGAGGGUCAGCUCUACGCCAUUGGUGGAGAGUCCCAAAAGAAGAUAAUUUCCACAGCAGAGACGUAUGAUGUUGUAAAAGGAGAGUGGGCAUUUAUACAGCAUGCGCCACGACCCGUAGCAUCUGCAGCUUGUGCUGUCGCUAGACGACGGAUAUUUAUUUGCUUCUGGAAGCCACCAGACACCACAGACAUCUAUGAGUACGUACCUGUGAAUGACGAGUGGAAGCUUGCUACCACACUGAUCAGACCUCAGAGCUAUGGCCACUGUAUGGUAGCUCACAAGGACAAUUUGUAUGUGAUGCGCAAUGGGCCUUGUGACGACUUUCUUCGCUGUCUAAUGGAUUGUUAUAAUAUCACAACAGGCCAGUGGACAGCUAUGCAUGGGCAUUACAUCAACAGCAAGGGAGCUCUGUUCACUGCAAUGAUCAGGGGGGAUUCUGCGUUCACAGUGAAACACAUGUUAACUCUUGUGUAUACCAUCACUGAAAAUGGAUGGAAGCCCCGUAAACAGAUGAACGGAUUUCCAAAGAGUGGUUCACUGUGGACAUGUUUACUCAGGCUUCCCAAGACGGGGCCAGUUAUACCACAGCUGGAUGCAGAAGGCAAGGAAGGAGAAAUGCCUCUGUCAGACCUGUCUGAGGCAUAUCUGGACGCUAUACAGCACUUGUGA